GUCGCGGUGGAGGCGUGUGUUGAUAACAGUUUGCGCGUUCGUGGCCCCGGGGCCUUUCCGCCUAUCCGGGCUGGCAUAUGACUGGCCGAUGGUGCGGGUACCCCAGAUUUUUUUGGUUUUCACGACGCUUGACGCGCAUCUUCGGCACGGUGGACGACUUUUCGGACCUUCGGUGAUUUUGCCCCAUAUAAGCUCUCCGCCAAAAAAUUCGUAUAUAAGCUGGGGCUCCGCACGCUCUCUUCAUUUCUCCAUCUCUCUCCUUCAAACACUUUUUCGCCUUUACUACAUUCCUUACAUAUACACAUCAUGUCUCAGAACAAGAAGAACCCAGUGAUCGAUUUGGUGGCCGGUGGUACCGCCGGUUUGUUCGAAGCCUUGUGCUGCCACCCGUUGGACACCAUCAAGGUCAGAAUGCAGUUGACCCGCCGCACCGCCACGGGCAAGCCCCCAGGCUUCAUCGCCACCGGGUUGAACAUCGUCAGGAAGGAGUCUGUAGGCGCGCUCUACAAGGGUUUGGGCGCUGUCGUCAUCGGGAUUGUGCCUAAGAUGGGGAUUAGAUUCUCGACCUACGAGUUCUACAGAUCGCUUUUGAAGAGCGAGGACGGCAGCAUCACCACGGGCAAGACCUUUGUCGCGGGUGUCGGUGCUGGUAUCACCGAGGCCGUCAUUGUGGUUACCCCAAUGGAGGUUGUUAAGAUCAGAUUGCAGUCCCAGCACCACUCUUUGGCCGAUCCGUUGGACGUGCCAAAGUACAGAAACGCCCCCCACUGCGCCUAUGUUGUGGUUAAGGAAGAGGGUCUCCGCGCCAUGUGGAGAGGUGUCUCUUUGACCGCCGCCAGACAGGCCUCCAACCAGGGUGUUAACUUCACCGUCUACUCCAAGCUCAAGGAAAGAUUGCAGGAGUACCACGGUGCGGCAGGGAUUCCGGCGUGGCAGACUUCCUGUAUUGGGUUGAUUUCCGGGGCCUUGGGUCCGUUGUCCAACGCGCCAUUAGACACCAUUAAGACCAGAAUGCAGAGAGAAGCCGGUGCUUCUAACGAGUCCGGGAUGAAGAGAAUGACCAGGAUCGGUGCCAAGUUGUUGCAGGAAGAGGGUUUCCGUGCCUUGUACAAGGGGAUCACCCCAAGAAUCAUGAGAGUGGCCCCAGGCCAGGCCGUCACUUUUACCGUCUACGAGUUCAUCAAGGCGAACUUGUUGCAGUUGUCUGGUGAUGUUCCGGCCGAAUUCUUGGCUGAUGAGUAAUUCAUUUCUCCGCCCAGCGAGCUGGCGGGUGUAUAUACUGAAAAAAUAAAUAAAAAAAUAUAAAAUAAAAUAAUAUAGAUUGGCUAAU